AAAACCAUUAUUUCCUUCAUCUGACACCAAUCAACUCUCGGUAGUUAAACCAUACACACAAAAUGUUCAGCAAAAUUGUAGCCUUCGGCGCUUUGGUAGCGGCCGCAAACGCCGGUCUUCUGGGAUACGGCGGACAUGGCGCGGCAGUGUCCUCGCAAAACAUAGUGCGACACGACGCAGGACACGGUUACGCUGGAAGCUCGUAUGCCCCUGUUGCCCAAGCAUACGCGCCUGUAGCCCAAGCUUACGCUCCCGUUGCCCACGCCGUACAAUACGCACCCGUUGCCCACUAUGCUGCCCCAGCUGCCGCAUACAGUGGACAUGACUACUAUGCUCACCCUAAAUACGACUACACUUACUCUGUGGCUGACCCUCACACCGGUGACCACAAGUCUCAGCACGAGAUCCGCGACGGAGACGCCGUGCACGGUUCCUACUCUCUGCUCCAGCCCGAUGGCUCCGUGCGCACUGUCGACUAUACCGCCGAUGACCACACCGGAUUCAACGCCGUAGUGCACAACACCGCUCCCGCUAUCCACCCCGCGCCCGCGCCAGCGCAUGGCUACCAUCACUAUUAAAUUUAAUAUUUAAUUUAUUUAUAUCUUG